UCUGAAUCUCUGUGUAAAGUUUGGUGGCGUUAGCAGUGUGAACAUGAAUGUUGUGUUUCUUCUAAUUCCGACAGCCAACUUUUGGUGAUUAUGGUGUCGGUUAGCAUCCGCUGGAGCAGCUUGAACUAUGUUUAAUGAACAAGCCAAGAAGAGAUGGUGGCAAGAAACAAGGAAGAGGAAGAAUCUAGACUUAAACCUGUCCUCUUUUGGGUGGAGCAGUGAGUGCACCUGUGCAGACUACGGUGUGUGAUGGCCAGCAAAAGAAAGAGUAAGGAUGACAUCAGUGUUCCAUCGCUGACACAUAGACAAUAUGAGGAUGAUGUAUAUUUUAUGUCUGUUGCCCUGAUGUUUGCUAAGAAGAGCCCUGAUCCUAGCACAAAGGUGGGAGCAUGCAUCGUAAAUGAGGGAAAAAUUGUGGGAGUCGGCUUUAACAUGAUGCCCAAUGGCUGUGAGGAAGCGUUUAUUAAACUCUGGAAGCGUGAUGAUGAGGACAGACUGAAGACAAAAUACCCGUACGUGUGUCAUGCGGAGCUGAAUGCCAUCAUGAAUAAAACCUCAGUGGAUGUGAAAGGAUGCACCAUUUACGUCACUCUGUUUCCCUGUAACGAGUGUGCUAAACUCAUCAUCCAAUCAGGUAUAAGAAAGGUGCUUUAUUUAUCAAAUAAAUAUGCUGAUACAGAAGACAAUGAGGCUUCUGUCGAACUGCUGAACAGAGCAGGUGUUACGCACAGGCCGUUUACAUUAAAGCAGGAAGUUCGUGACUUGCUGGACUCCAUCAAUCCCUUUGCUGAGUGAAUAAGACCAGGACCGAGCUCUUCACUGCUGAAACGCUGAAUAUUACGAAAACAUUUUACCUUCCCAAAAUACUGAGGGGAAAAAUAGUAGUACUGGUAUAGUUCAGUAGACAAAGUAAUCAUGGGUGAAAAUGGGUUAAAUACUGCUAUAUAACUGAAAUAUUUAAUCUUUAAUGAAUUUUAAUUAUGUUUAUCAGAAUUCAACUUGGAUUUUACUUCAGAUUUUUUCUUUGGUGGGAGAAAAUUAAGAUUGCUGUAUUACCUAUUUCACAUACUGCAUUCUGUCUUUCACUGUAUUAAUCAUUAUUAUUUACUGGAGGUUAACUGAAUAACCAAAUUUUAAAUAAACAAUUAAUUCUC